AUGGCUUCCUCGAUUCCCAGUGUUCUCCAACAGACCUUAACUUCAAGACCCCAUAACUCUUACCCUUAUGUUUGUACCAACCCAAUUCUCAGCAAGUUAACUUCUCAGUUUGUGGGAUUCUCUUCCACUAGAGGUAAAUGCCGGCUAGGAUGGUGCAGACCCACGGGAAUUGUGGGACCAAGCUCCUCAGGUUCAAGAACUACUUGCUGGUUUCGGUUCGGGAAAAAUGGUGUCGAUGCUGAAGGCGCUGGCAUUUAUGGUAGUCAAUCCCGUGAUGACUUUGAUAAAGAUGACGUUGAACAGUACUUCAAUUACAUGGGAAUGCUCGCGGUGGAGGGCACAUAUGAUAAGAUGUAUGACCUUCUAAGUCAAAAUAUCCAUCCGGUUGACAUAUUGCUAAUGAUGGCUGCCUCAGAAGGCGACAAGCCAAAGAUCGAAGAACUCUUGAGAGCUGGAGCUGAUUACAAUGUCAAGGAUGCCGAAGGUAAGACAGCUCUAGAUAAGGCUGCCAAUGAUGAAAUUAAGAACUUCAUCCUGGGUUUUUCAGUACAGAAAGCUUGA